UAAUUCACGUUUUUUUUGUUUCGUUCUCUCUCGAAGUCGAAACAGAAGUUGGGGAAAAGUGGAGAGAAAAUUAAUAAGAAAACCUCUUUCGCUUCUAACUCUCUUCUUUCUUCGUCUUCAAAUGUAAAGGCAAUGCUCGAUCUCAACAACCUAAUCGAAUAAUGGAACUCACUGAUUCUACGAAAAAGCAACUCGGAGAGACCAGGAGCGCCGCUCUCGACGAAGAUAAUCGCUCCUUUCUCGGCAUCGAUCUUAACGAAAUCCCUACCGGCGCUACUCCCGGCGGCGCUGUUCAGGACGAUGACGGAGAGUAUGAGCCCGUUGAAGUUGUUAGGUCAAUUCAUGAUAAUCCGGACCCAGCGCCUGGAGCCCCUGCUGAGGUUCCUGAGCCGGAUCGGGAUGCCGCGUGCGGCGCCUGUGGAAGGCCGGAGUCGAUGGAGCUCGUAGUAGUCUGCGACGCUUGCGAGCGAGGGUUUCAUCUUAGCUGUGUUGACGACGGAGUGGAGGCUGCUCCUUCCGCCGAUUGGAUGUGCAGCGACUGUGUUGCCGGCGGCGGGAGGAGUAAACUGUGGCCGUUGGGGGUGAAGUCCAAGCUCAUCCUGGAUAUGAACGCCUCGCCGCCGAGUGAUGCCGAGGGAUACGGAGGCGAGGAUACGUCAGAUUCGAGAAAGCAUAUGCUGGCCAUGGGGAACUCUUUUGAACAUUCAAUGACGCAUUCAAGCUUUCUGGAUCCUGGUAGAGCACAUACUUUAGGUUUUGGCUUCCCAUCAAACCUCGGCAACAGUACUUUGCCCAUCAGAUUCCCAUCCUUGGAUCCAAGCGAGCUCUUGUUGCAAAAUCUCAGGCAUUUCAUAUCUGAAAGGCACGGAGUUUUAGAAGAUGGUUGGCAUGUCGAAUUUAAACAGCCUUUAAAUGGCUAUCAUCUCUGUCCAGUGUAUUGUUCUCCGAGUGGAAAAACAUUUAGUUCAAUACAAGAUGUUGCUUGUUAUCUCGGCUUGGCAACUAAUGGUAACUACAGCUGUAUGGAUACUGAUAUCAGGAAUGAGAGUUCUCUUCUUCAAGAAAGAUUGAAUAUGCCCAAGAGAAGAAAGACAUCAAGAUGGCCAAACAAUAGUUUCCCUGACCUAAAGGGUAGUUCAGUGAGUGCUCAGCUCAGUCGUUUUCCAUACAAUGGUCAGACGAUGCCCCCUUUUGCCAUUUCAUCUGGUGAAUCUCUUAGCUCUGGGAAUAAUGGAUGCGGUUGUGAGGAAGCUAAUAAAGGACUUCCUAUGCAAUUUGAAGAUUUCUUUGUCCUCUCGCUUGGACGAAUUGACAUAAGACAGUCUUACCACAAUGUCAACAUGAUUUAUCCAAUAGGAUAUAAGUCCUGCUGGCAUGAUAAAAUCACGGGGUCUUUAUUUACUUGUGAAGUAUCUGGUGGUAGUUCUGGGCCUGUUUUCAAGAUUACACGGUCACCAUGCUCUAAAUCAUUUGUUCCAGUUGGAUCAACUGUCUUCUCCUGCCCAAAGAUUGAUGAAAUGGUGGAACAGAACAUUGACAAACGAGGUGAUCGGAGAGACAGUAUUCAAGAACAUGAUGACGACACUGUUGAAAUCCUUCUUUCAGAUCCAUCGCCACCACUUGGAGAUGAUAUAUUGUCUUGUUUACAGGAGAAGAGUUUCUCCAGUACAUUCUAUUGCUUGCGCUCGGAAGUUGGUUCUUCUCAAGUAGACUUAAAUAAUACUCUAUCCUAUAAUCAGCAGCAUGAGGUUGAGAUUGGCGAUAUUAUUGUGGAAGAAGAUUCAUUGUCUGUUGCAUGGCAAAAGGUGUCUCAAAAACUUGUUGAUGCAUGUUCCAAUGUCCUGAAGCACAAGGGUACCAUGAACUUCCGUUGCAAGCAUGUUGACAGAGAAACGAGGGAAAUCAACUGGGAUACAAGAAAUGAGAAAGAUAAUGUGAUUUUAUCUUUGUCAAGAUUUUGCUGUUCUUUGGCUCCUCACAGUGCUACAUGUGGUGGAAAGGAUAAUAGCGAGAUUGCAUCUCUAGUUGAUGUUUUGUCAAGGUGGCUGGAUCAAAGCAGGUUUGGGCUUGAUGCAGAUUUUGUACAGGAAAUGAUUGAACGUAUGCCUGGUGCCGAAUCAUGUUCAAAUUAUAGGUCUCUGAAGACUAGAAGUUCUUCUGUUUCUGUAACUGUAGCAGAAGGAGCGCUUAUUGCCAAUCCAAAAGUUGGAGAAAAUGUCAGGGAAGAAGUUUUUGGUGAGAUAUCUCGGAAAGCCAAAAGGCAUAAACUAAAUGGUGGUCAUGGUUUCAGCAAUCCACACCCUCCUCCCGGGAGGCCUAUGUGUUUGAGGCUUCCUCCUGUGGUUGUUGGUGACUUCCUUCAGGUAUCUGAAGUGUUCUGGCGUUUCCGUGAAAUUUUGGGUUUGGGAGAGGCUUUCUCCCCUGAGAAGCUUGAACAAGAGAUUGUCAAUCCAGUGUUCGAUGGUUUGUUUCUUGAUAAAUCUGGGAAAGAAGUUAAUAGAAGUGAGAUGAACAUUAGUGAUGAGGAUCGUACAGCUACUAAAUUUUUAUCUUUGUUGGAUGAAUCUCGCCAACCUUUUUCUUCGGAAAAUACCUUUGCUUCUGUACUAAAAGAGACGAAAGCAGGGGAUUCUACUGAGUUCAACAUUUCAAAUUCCUCUCGUGGGCCGUGCGUGGGUGCACUUCUAACAAAGACUCACAUUUCGCUUCUGCAAGUGCUAAUAUGUGAGUUGCAAUCCAAGGUAGCUGCAUUUGUUGAUCCAAACUUUGAUUCUGGAGAAUCAAGAUCCAGACGGGGACGGAAAAAGGAUGACAGUACACUUUCUGCUAAAAGAAAUAAGCUGCAUAUGCUUCCUGUUAACGAGUUCACAUGGCCUGAAUUGGCCCGUAGGUACAUUUUGUCUCUUUUAUCAAUGGAUGGGAACCUCGAAUCAGCGGAGAUUGCUGCUCGUGAAAGUGGUAAGGUAUUCCGUUGCUUACAAGGGGAUGGUGGUUUGCUCUGUGGUUCACUUACAGGAGUGGAUGGGAUGGAAGCCGAUUCAAUGUUACUUGCAGAGGCUAUUAAAAAAAUAUUUGGUUCUUUGACAAGAGAAAAUGAUGUUCUCUCUGUGGAAGAUGAUGAUUCUGAUGGCCUUGAUGCUACUGAGACAAACGCUUGCAAUGGUGAUAUUCCAGAAUGGGCACUGGUUCUGGAACCUGUGAGAAAGCUUCCAACAAAUGUUGGGACUAGAAUCAGAAAGUGUGUCUAUGAUGCUUUAGAGAGAAAUCCACCAGAGUGGGCAAAGAAGAUAUUAGAGCAUUCCAUCAGUAAAGAAGUAUAUAAAGGCAAUGCAUCAGGACCGACAAAGAAAGCUGUCCUCUCAUUGCUAGCCGAUGUUCGAGGUGGUGAUUUGGUGCAGAAGUCUGUCAAAGGAACCAAAAAGAGGACGUCUAUUGGUGUUUCUGAUGUCAUUAUGAAGAAAUGUCGUGCUGUGUUGCGUGAUGUUGCAGCUGUAGACGAGGAUAAAGUGUUUUGUACUUUAUUGGGGCGAAAGUUACUGAAUUUAAAUGAUAAUGAUGAUGACGGACUCUUGGGAUCACCUGCAAUGGUUUCGCGUCCCCUAGACUUUAGAACUAUUGAUUUGCGGUUGGCUGUCGGUGCGUAUGACGGAUCAACUGAAGCUUUUCUUGAGGAUAUUCUUGAGCUGUGGAGUUGUAUACGUGUUAUGUAUGCGGAUCAGCCUGAUUCUUUAGAACUGGUUGAAAAGUUGUCUAAAAAAUUUAAGUCACUAUACGAAGCCGAGGUUCUACCACUUGCUCAGAAACUUAUGGACUACAGAAAAUUGGAAUGUCUGAGUGCAGAGAUGAGGAAGGAAAUUAAGGACAUUGUUGUUUCAGUAAAUAAGCUUCCCAAGGCCCCGUGGGAUGAGGGGGUAUGUAAAAUAUGUGGCGUUGACAAAGAUGAUGACAGUGUUCUCUUGUGUGAUACAUGCGAUGCGGAGUAUCACACAUAUUGUUUGAAUCCCCCUCUUAUUAGAAUUCCUGAUGGAAAUUGGUAUUGUCCCUCAUGUGUCAUUGCCAAGCGCAUGGCUCAAGAUGCUUUGGAAUCGAACAAACUAGUCAGACGGCGGAAACGUAGAAAGUAUCAGGGGGAACUUACCCGAGCUUCUAUGGAAACAGCUGCUCGUCUGGUAGAUGUGAUGGGCGAAAAAGACUACUGGGAGUUCAGUGCUGAGGAGAGAAUCCUGGUGCUUAAGCUUCUAUGCGAUGAACUGCUUAGCUCAUCCCUUGUUCAUCAACAUCUCGAGCAAUGUGCCGAAGCCUUAAUUGAAAUGCAGCAGAAUUUGCGCUCUCUUUCCUCAGAAUGGAAAAACACAAAAUUGCGGCAAGAAUUUCUGACGGCUAAACUCGCAAAGGUUGAACCUAGUAUUCUAAAGGAGAUGGGCGAACCACAAAAUUCAAGUAGCUUUGCAGACCACCAUGGACGUCAUCAACAACAGGAGAAUGUUGGAGAGAAGGUUCCUCAUGAUGAUGGCACGUCCUCUGCUGCGUUUCUUACCAAUAAUCAGGGGAAAGCUCCGAUUGAGACCCAUGCUCAAACUGGAGGGUCAAAUGUCAUUUCCAGUGAGAACAAAAUUCACACCCCAGAAAAAGUUACAUCCCCUGGAAGGAACGAGUUGCCAAUAGAGGUAACGGAUCAUAUGUCUUGUGAAAUAGAAGAUACCACAGAGACCUUGGACAAAUCAGUUGGAAAGAACCGUGAAACACACUCUAUAAAACCUAAUGCGGCGGAAUUGAAGACAGCACAUGAUGCAUCUUCUCUGGCUUCCCAAGAGUUGCAGGCUUGUCGACAGGAUUUGAAUGCCACUAGUAAUGAAAUACAGAAUCUGCAGCAAUCAAUCAGAAGCAUAGAAUCACAGAUUCUAAGGCAAUCUAUACGAAGAGACUUUCUGGGAAGUGAUGGUAGUGGUCGUCUAUAUUGGGGUUGCUACUUCGCAGAAGAACAUCCUCGUAUUUUGGUUGAUGGAAGCAUGUCGUUGCAGAAAGCUGUACAAGUUGAUUUGACAGGUUCAAAAGUUCCCUCCCCAUUUCUCCAUGCCGUUGACCAUGGAAGACUAAUGGUCUCACCCUGGACAUAUUACGAAACUGAAGCGGAGAUCAGUGAGCUUGUCCUAUGGCUUCAUGAUGAUGACCCAAAAGAAAGAGAGUUGAGAGAGUCUAUUAUGUGCUGGAAAAGGAUACGAUUUGGGGAUCUUCAAAGGGAAAUUAAACAAGCUGAGAAUUCGUCCUCUCCAAUAAUGGCUGGGGAUCUUGUGACCAAGGCUGCCAUGGCAAUGGAGAAGAGAUAUGGUCCAUGCAUCAAACUAGAGAUCGAAACCUAUAAAAAACGGGGGAAGAAGACAAAGUGUGCAGAGCGAGAGAAACUGUGUAGAUGCGAAUGCUUGGAAUCCAUUUUGCCAUCUAUGAUUCACUGCCUCAUAUGCCACAAAACAUUUGCAAGUGAUGAUGAAUUUGAGGAGCACGCCGAGAGUAAGUGUGUUCCUUAUUCAUUAGCAACUGAAGAAGGCAAAGAAAAAUCUGAUUCUUCAAAAGCAAAAGAAAGCCUGAAAUCCGAUUAUCUUAGUGUAAAGUCUAGCGCUGGCAAAGAUAAAGCUGAAAUAUCCAAUGUUUCUGAACUUGGUUCUGGGUUGAUAAGAUAUCAAGAAGAAGAAUCUAUUUCCCCAUACCAUUUUGAGGAGAUCUGCUCCAAGUUUGUGACAAAGGAUUCUAACAGAGAUUUGGUUAAAGAGAUUGGUCUGAUCGGUUCAAAUGGAAGUCCAACAUUUCUUCCGUUGCCAUCUAUUCAUCUUAACGACUCAAUGCUCAUAUCGGCCACUUGCAAUAAGCUAGAUGGUGGUGAUUCAGGGGAUCAGGUGAUUUUUACUGGUUCUGAAGCCAAUGGUGAAGGCUUGAAUUCUGAAUCAUUGGACAGAUCUGUGACAAAUGAUCUUGGCAAUCCGCUGAAUAAACUGAGCGGAAUGGGAUGUGACAAGUCAGAGGAAAAGAACAAAAAGUCUACAGGUAGUGGGUUAAAAGGCUGCUGUGUGGUUCCACAGGCUUCUUUGAAACGUGUUACUGGCAAAGCUUUGCCGGUUUUCAGAUUCCUUAAAACCAACUUGCUUGAUAUGGAUGUGGCACUACCUGAAGAAGCUUUAAGACCAUCGAAAUCACAUCCAGACCGUAGACGAGCUUGGCGUGCUUUUGUUAAAUCGGCACAAAGCAUUUUCGAGUUGGUUCAGGCAGCAAUUGUGGUAGAAGACAUGAUAAAGACAGAGUACUUGAAAAAUGAAUGGUGGUACUGGUCUUCUCUAUCAGCGGCUGCUAAAAUCUCGACGCUCUCUGCGCUAUCCCUUCACAUCUUCUCGCUCGAUGCAGCGAUUAUGUACGAUAAAACCAUAACUCAAUCAGAUCCUAUGGAUGCGACAAAGGAGAUAGGCUUACAAGAGCAGAAGUCACAACCUGUAACAGAUCCACAAGAAAGAAGCAGCAGAGCUAACAGAAGGUCUGGUAAGAAAAGGAAAGAACCUGAGGGAGCAUAACAGUUUACUUGAAACCACACAAGUAGAAAAGCUUUGAGCGUGCAAGAACAUGAAAACGGAAAUGGUGGCUUUUUUUUUAAAUCAAAGUGGAGCCAAUCAAUGUGUGUUUGUGUAGAUAUAGGGAAUGUUUCAGUCUGUUGGGGAUGUUGAGAUCCGGUUUGGUGGUUUAGAUCGUUCUUGGAAUUGAAGGGGGGGGGUUGAAAGUGGGUCUAACAGGUGGAUGAGCGGAGAGAGUAUGUGUACGUACACAUACAUAUAUGUAGAAGACAAACUAAUGUGGAAUUAACUAGUGGUAGUAUUAAAGCCGCUUUUUUUUCAGACA